AGCUACGAGUCGGACGCCGCAGUGUUUGUCAGUCCUUCGUAUGGACAUCACGUUCGGCGAGACUGAUAGUACCCGCCGGUAUUGGCAUCCGUAUAUAAGCGUAUAAAGCUUUUGACGGCAUCCAUCAUCGUCGAUAGCCAGCAACGUCGAUCGCGCGUCAAUCCCGCACCGUAGAUGAACUCGCGACUGCUGUACGCGCGCUUGCGAAUCGCGAUAUCGUCGUCGUCACUAUCGUCGUCGCCGUCAUUGUCGUCUCAUCACCCUGUCCACAAGCGGACGAGCGGCCUCGUCGCGAGAUUCCUCCGGCCGGCGGACGAGAUGUGAAGACGUCGUCUUGGAAGCGAUGUGGCUUCCGUUGGUGCUGCUCGCCUUGAUGGCGAGCGGUUCCGCCUGUCCGGACCUCUGCGAGUGUCAUCAGAGUGACAUCGGGAAGGACGACGCGCCGGCUUUGUCGGACGUGACGUGUCGUGGUCGUGUACCCGGCCUAUCGGAGAUACCCGUGGGAGUGAGAAGUUUGUCGGUGGAUGGCGCCGAGGGACCGGACGUCACUGUUCUCCUGGACGAGCUGGACGCUGCCGACUUGGUGAACGAUCUCGGGAUGAUCAGUACUGUGGACAAUUUCCAGACAAACGACACGUCGGUGACGAAUGACACGUCAUUGGAAGAUGCAACGGAGGCACUGCCGUACUUAAUCGAGUUCGCGGUGACAAAUUGCUCGUUGGUGUCUUUGAACGCGUCGUGGCGUGGUCUCGAACGUUUGAGGUCGUUGAAUCUGUCGUGCAACAAUCUUCUGCGGAUAAGGGACGUGACGGUGAUACGUAUGACGAAUCUCAGCGAUCUGACAUACCUCGAUCUGUCGAACAAUUCGUUAUCGGAGAUCAGUGACGGGUCUUUCAGGACGCUCGUUGGACUCGUGAGACUAAAUCUGUGCAAGAACGCGAUCGGCACGGUGGAUGAGAACGCGUUUCGUGGCCUGGAUCGAUUGGAAUCUCUCGAUCUGUCGGACAACAGGUUGGCGGACUUGCCGGAUAGCGCGCUCACUCCGCUCUACUCUUUGCAGAAACUCGAUCUCAGCGGUAACCAGCUGCAAGUCCUGGGCGCCAGGUGGUUCGAGAGCCUCGACAGAUUGAGGGAACUCGAUGUCUCACGAAAUGGAUUGGCCAGAGCAGCCUCGGGGACGUUGCAACCGUUAUCAGGACUGUCUGUCCUAAGACUCGCGGAAAAUCCGUUGAAGGAGCGAGACGUAUCUCUGUUGUUGGGUACCGGAAGAAGAUUGGAGACUGUGGACGCAUCUCGUACCGGAUUAGCGAGGGUUCCGGCCGCAUUGACGAGAUCGGUCAGGGCUCUGAGGCUCGCCGGUAACAGGUUGACCACUAUCCGUAGCGGCGAUCUGGACAGUUAUCCCCUGCUGCGUAUGUUGGAUAUCGCCGAUAAUCGUGUAAUAGAUAUCGAGAACGAUGCCUUGGGACGGCUGGAGGUUUUAGAGGAACUCGAUCUGUCCGGAAACGUUCUUUCGAGGAUACCGGGCAGCUUACCGAGCAGCCUGACCAUGCUCAAGCUUCAGCGAAACGCAAUAACCGCGCUAAAGCUCGACGAUCUCAAUGGCCUUUAUAAUCUGCGAUCGUUAAUGUUGAACGAUAAUGACAUCAAUGAGAUCGAAGUGGGCGCGCUCGGUCAACUACCCCUGCUCGCCGAGCUGGAUCUAUCCGAUAAUCCUAUCAAAGCGUUAUCAACUAAUACCCUAAGCGGACCGAGUAAUCUCGCCAAACUCCGGAUGUCGGGUCUAACGUCGCUUCAACGACAUCAGGAAGAACAGAGCGAUAUGGCGUUCCCGGUACCGACCCCGGAGAGGCUAAUGACGUUAGACGUGUCGCGCAGCCCGGUUCUCGCGGGACAACUACUGGCAGACGAUGCCGCGCUGUCCGCCUGUAAAAGCCUGACGGAGCUGAACCUCGUGGCAACCAACAUCAGCACCGUCAGAUCCGACCUUGCGUACAUGCUGCCACAGCUGCGCGUACUCCGACUCGCCGGGAACAAUUGGAACUGCACGGAAGAUCUCUACUGGCUGGGCGAGUGGAUCAGACAGCAUCGUGAAUCGAACCAGCAUCAACCGGCUCGGUGUUCCAGUCCACCGAAACUGACGGGAUUAGUUUUGCACGAUCUACCGACACUGCCGAAUUCCAUCAGCGCGAUCGCGAGCGUAACUGUCAUCACGAUGACGGCCACCUCGCUUACCGCAUCUGUCGUCUUGAUGCACGAGCAUACAUCGCAUACUGAUCAGCCAAACGUCACGGUGUCUUCCAAUAUCGAUGAUGCGAAUUCCGGUCGCGACGCGGUGGAUCCACCCACGCUAUCUUCCGUGAACACGAAAAUCGAACCGGGAAUCGGGCUAGCUGCAGCUAACUCGGAUGUUCCACCCACCGCGGCAAUCGCCUCGGAAACGGGAGCACCGAAAAAACUGCCGCGAGUCUACGAGGCGCCGACGUCCUUCCGUAACGUAACGUCGUCAAUCACGACGCGGGCGAGCGGGGAACCCGGCCGAAAGAGCGAUAAAACAAAUCGUAUCUCGAUGGAUCAGAAUUUAAUCAAGCACACCGUCAUCCCGACCUUACGAGCACCCAGCGACCCCAAGCUAUCCAUUAUGGGAAUGAGAGACGCGGAGUCGCGUUCGCAAACUUUCGAUAACCGGGCGAACGGUAGGGCGCGGAAAAAUGACAGGGCGAAAAAUGACAAACUUGCCGCGUCGAGCAUCGGCACGAUCCAUUCAUCGGGAUUUUCGAGCAAGGGUGAGAGGAAAACGAUCGACAAAUAUCCACGGAUGAUGAACAACACGGCGAAGGAGAACGCGGCGUUGGACGAUCGCAGUUCGAAGACGAUAGCACAGGAGUUGAAUAGUCGAGCGAUCGAUUCCGGCGCUCGAGUGUCCGAGUCUCUCUCCACCGGUGCCCAUCCUGGAAUGAUGGUGUUGGCUGGCGCGGUGGUAGGCGCCGUCCUGGCGCUGAUCGUCAUCCUCUCGCGGAGGACGACGGUGCAUCGGACGGACAGGUAUCACCGUCACGAGAACAUCGAGGUGCACACUCUCACGCCCACCACGGAACUUUGGUGACCAGAGUCGGAGUACGACCGUCUGUUCGAAAGGGACAGGCGGCUGGACAUCGAGAAUCGCGACCGGGAAGCGCCGACGUUGCCUCGGCGAUCGGCGAGGUCAUGGCUGAUCGAUGCAUGUUUGAGAAGAGUCCUCAAGUAACGCGCGGUACUGGCGAUCGAAUCGCGCGUAUCCCGUUAUUGUAACAAACUCUAAGUGGACCGACCGAGCACGAUAGCUGGAGCGUUAACUGGAAAGUUGGAAGGAUUCCCCUGACUACGGGAGACCGCGGGAAAGGUGUGAGCGACUAAACGUCGAAGUUGGGAACGAGAUACUCCAGACUAAUCCGUAUCACUUCGGAAACCGCCAAUACGCUGCGGAUUACGGAGCAAUCUUGUGAAAAUAACGAAUAUAUUCAAGCACGACACUUAAAACUUGUGCAAUUUGUGAGUAAUAAGGAGAAGGAAGAAAAACGAUCGGCCGUCAAGAAGCUAUCUGUACCAUCGAGGAUUUACAGUGCGUAAUUGGAGACAGAUGCUUACAAAUGCAGAGACGCUGAAAAGUGUUAUUUGCAAAAUCACUGUCUGUAAUCGCGUAUUUUGGCUUGUCGAUUUUCCUUGAAAAUUGCGUGUUACGUGAAUCCACCAAGAUGUCGAUAUCGGUAUAGAAUCUAUCCGAUGAAAAUUAUCCAGCAAUAACGCUGUUCAAACUCCAUCCAACGGCGGAGAUACAGACGUCAAGUGCUGUAACCAAGACGUUAAAAGCACGAGCGAAGGAUCGCAAAGAGAGCGCUGUUUCAUAUAAAUUCUGACGUAUAUAAACAUGUCUGAAGCUGCAGCAUGCGUCGUCCGCCGGGAAAUACCGGACGCGUGUUACGAACGAAAAACUCGCGAGAAAAAUUCGACACAGUUUUGACGUACGCCAUGGUAGAUCGAUACGCUGCGCAAAGUCUUCUUCAUAAUAAAUGUCAAUCGUAGGAAAAGAUGCACGCAAAGCAACUGAACGGAGAUAUUUGCGCGAGAACUCCAAACCCGUCAGGUUUCACGGAUUGGUGCUUGAUAUCUUCCGAUAUUUCACUAUCGCGUGCAUAUGCGCUCAUCAUAGACGUGUCAUAAUCGAGUGGCAAUAAUCACGAGCGGGCGGGCAUACCGAUUUAGGCUGAUUGGCUUGAGGUCAGACCGAUUAAUUGGACACAGUGACAAUAAUAAUGGUUACACGCCGCGUUCCAAGAGUCUGACUCUUCGCGGUACGCUCAAUUCCUGAGGAGACUAUUAAUUGUGACUGAAAUGAAGUGCGAGUGUAAUAAAAGUAAAACGAGAGAGCAUAAGAGGCUAGCGAAAGAUAGAGAAACGCGAACGUGGUAGAGAAGCAGGUAGGGCGGCGCCAAAAUAAUGCAGAAUGUAGAGAGAUGAAGGAGAGGUGAAGGAAGGCCAGCGAGCUAUUCGCGGUGGCAAAUAAUAUGUUUGAAUGGUAAAACCGGCCGGGAAGUGAGUGCGACUGCUAGACGGAGGAACUUUUAUUGAACGUCGUGUGUGUAUGUGUGUGUGUGUGUGUGUUCGAGAGAUCGAAAGAUUUGAAUGUAAGAGAGAGAGAGAAAAAGAAAGAAAAAGGAGAGGAAAAGUGCGUGUAUGUGAGUGUGUGUACAUGUGCGAGGGAGAGAGUAAAAGAUAGAGGAAGGACUAGAGAGAAAGAAUGAAGACAAAUUCGAGAGACCGUUCUUGAAUGCAGCAAAACGGGAUGUACAGAAACAUUGCUUCCGUACUUAAUUCCACUAAGCUUGGUGAGCUGUCAAAACUUUUUAACAAAUAAAAGAAAAGACACGAUAGAGAGAAAGGGAAUGCAUGCGGGAGAGAGGAGAGGGAGAGUGAGAGUGAGAGAGAGGGAGAGGGAGAGAGAGCGAGAGAGAAAGAGAAAGAAAGAAAAUGAGGGAGUGAAAGAGCAGAUAGAUAAAUAGCGAAGAGGCUAAAUAUUAUCUUUCUUAAAAAAUAACCAGUGUCAAAGUAACGCUAUAAUAAUAAACUGAUGUACAAAGAUGCA